AUGACCGGUCUCACUAAUCUCAAUGCUAUCUUGGCUACCCUUGAUCCUGUCUUAGGCGAAAGUCCUUAUGUAUUUGCUUCACUUAAGAAUGACACCACUGUUGAUGUGACUAGUCUUGAUCCCCUCUUCACAUUCAAGGAAGAAGAAGGUACAACGGUGAUUGUCCAUCAAGAUGUCGCAGACAAAAUGUCGCUUGAAUAUCUGGUAGUCUUCAAUCAAAUCACCUUAAAGGUCCAUCUGAGUCUUGAAGCCAUUGGCUUAACGGCAAGCAUUGCUACUGAAUUGACCAAGCAUCAAAUCAGUUGUAAUGUCGUGGCUGGCUACUACCAUGAUCAUAUCUUUGUUCCUACUGCUAAGAGUCAACAAGCACUUGAGGCGUUGAAAGAGUUACAACGAUACUCCGACAUUCAACUGAAAAAUUUAUACUGA